CGCGGUGGGACGGGAGUAUAGCGACGUUGAGCGAGGAGGAACGGCCGUGGAGAGGGAGAGACGUGUUGCGAGAGUCGCGGACGACGGAGAGUGAAAGAGAAACGCAUAUCUAGGCGCAUUUUUAUGCAUGAUAGUGCAUAUUGAGCAAGGCCCGGGGUUGCAGUUAAUACGAGAAACAAGCGCGAGACUGAUCACGAACUUUUGGAUCGCGCGUGCGCUGAUGCUGGCACACGUCGGAAUGCAGCUGGCGAGGUAAAGGACAAUUUGAAAUAAAGGAUAGAACGUUUGGAAUAGCAGAAGCUACGAAUACGGGGAUACAGGGCGCUUGGGAGGAAUCAUCGUAGUGGGAUUUCGUUUAACCGUCGCUUCCUUCAUCGAUUAAAGAGCGAUCGGGUUGCCAUCGUGUGGCCCGUCCAUCCGUGUGCCAUAAUAUCCUCGUAAGAAUUCCGAAUUCCGAAUCUGAAUCAGCGCUCGGCGGCACACGCCUCUUCUUUUCAACUCUAUCCGGGAAAAAAUUGCAUCACUGCAAUUUUAAUCAAACGGCUUUAAGCUGGAAUCCACGGCGAAAAUGGCACCCGAGAUGAUAAAUAAGAAUCGGAUGAUGGUCUUUAAGAACAAAGGGAAGGACCAGGAUGAAAUGCGAAGAAGGAGAAACGAGGUUACGGUGGAAUUGAGAAAAAAUAAACGAGAAGAAACUCUUCAAAAGAAACGAAAUGUUCCUGUAACAGAUUCCACUGACGAGGAUGACAUCGACAAACAAUUAGCGAGAACCAAUUUGGAAGAAUUGGUAAGGAAAGCUGGCAGUUUAGAACCGCUUGUUCAAAUACAAGCUGUGCAGUCUGCGAGAAAAUUACUGUCGUCCGAUCGUAAUCCACCCAUCGAUCCCCUCAUAGAAAGUGGUAUUCUACCAAUUUUGGUGAAAUGUCUGGAACAGAACAAUAAUCCAUCUCUUCAGUUUGAGGCCGCAUGGGCAUUAACGAAUAUUGCAAGCGGAACAUCUGCUCAAACAAAUGCAGUUGUUCAAGCGGGUGCCGUUCCACUAUUUUUACAAUUAUUGCUUUCGAGUCAACAGAAUGUUUGCGAGCAGGCAGUUUGGGCAUUGGGUAACAUUAUUGGAGACGGUCCAAGAUUAAGAGACUAUGUAAUACAACUUGGAGUUGUACCACCGUUAUUAACGUUUAUUAAGCCAGACAUACCUCUUACGUUUUUGCGUAAUGUCACGUGGGUCAUCGUUAACUUGUGUAGAAAUAAAGAUCCACCUCCACCGCUUGAGACAAUACAUGAAAUUUUACCAGCAUUGAAAGUUCUUAUACAUCACAUGGACAUGAAUAUUCUCGUUGACACAGUAUGGGCAUUGAGUUAUCUAACGGACGGUGGCAAUGACCAAAUUCAAAUUGUUAUAGACAGCGGCGUUGUACCAUAUUUAGUUCCACUCCUUGCACACAAAGAAGUCAAAGUUCAAACCGCUGCUCUUAGAGCAGUUGGCAAUAUCGUCACUGGCACAGACGAACAGACACAAGUAGUUUUGAAUUGCAACGCAUUAUCUCAUCUUCCGCACCUCUUGAAACAUUCAAAGGAAAAAAUUUGCAAAGAAGCAGUAUGGUUCCUUUCGAAUAUAACAGCUGGUAAUCAGCAACAAGUUCAAGCUGUUAUCGAUGCAGGCUUAUUACCUCUUAUUAUUCGUAAUUUAUCGAAGGGAGAAUUCCAAACGCAAAAAGAAGCAGCUUGGGCGAUUAGUAAUUUAACUAUUAGUGGCAAUAUGGAACAGGUUGCUCAGCUUGUUAAGGAAGGUGUCGUUGGUCCAUUCUGUGACUUACUUUCUUGUAAAGAUAAUCAAGUCGUCCAAGUUGUACUCGAUGGAAUUCAUAAUAUGCUCAAAUUAGCUGGAACGCAAGUUGAAGUUGUAGCAAAUAUGAUCGAAGAAUGCUUUGGUUUGGAUAAAAUCGAGGCAUUGCAGGCUCAUGAGAACGUAGAUAUUUAUAAAUUAGCAUAUGAUAUCAUCGAGCAAUACUUUUCAGACGAUGCUGACGAUACGAAUCUAGGACCACCAAUUACAGAAGAAGGCUAUGACUUUGAUCCUCCGAUAACAGCUCCAAUUGAAGGAUUUAAAUUUUGAGUGAUCCUUGAAAGUUCCCUACCCAAUUGUGCCGUCCCCUGAUAAAACUCCAGUCUAAAGCCGUUCUGCUUUCCUUCCUCCUAUCCUUUUUCCACAUCUCUUUAUUGCUCCGGUCGAUGCGUAGUUAAAAUAAAAUGGUAUAUGAUGCGCGUUGGAACUGAACCAAGAAAUUUUAAUAAAUGGGCCCAAAGACAGAUGCAGACGACCCAAAAGAAACCGGCCCUGAUUAUGACGGGCUAACAUUAUUGAGAUAACAAAAUAAGGGGCCGUUUGACUUUCGACGAUCUGUGCGAACGAGAAGACCUGAAGAAUAAGUCAACGACGAAUCAAAUCGACUGAGUUCUUUUGUUCUUCAUUCUUUUUAUGAUAUUUGAUUUAACAUUUAUAAUGUUUACAUCGUGAAACAAGUCUAAUUAAGAUGCUGAUCAGUUGAUAGGACAUUGCGUAAAUUAUUUCUUUUCAAGCUUUUUAAUGAGAAAGUUGAUCAUUGUUGUUUGAACAGAACACGCGUGAUUAUUAAACUUUGAUUAUGAGAGA